ACCCGCCGGCAUCAUACCCCACCGUCGCUGCCGCUUCCAUUUGUUGGUUGUAGAGCUGAUGGGUUACUCCGCCGACGGCGGAUUCGCGGCUAAGCUACAGGAGUGAUGAGGGGGAUCGAGAGCGUGGAGGAGGUAAUCAAGCUGCUCAACCAGCUGCAGUUCUACCAGGAGGAGGCUUCCGCUUCCGGCUCCUCUUCUUCCUCCGCCGUCGUCGAUGAUCGGAACAUCCAGGCGGUUACGGAUUUAGCUGUUUAUAAUUUCAGGAAGGUGAUUCAUCUCCUCGACAAGACGAAUCGAACCGGCCAAGCCAGAUUCAGAAGAGCCCCCGUUCCCGCUUCUACCUUCGCCGCCGCCGUCGGAGUCACUCCUCGGUUGGAGAAGAAGAUCGUUCAGGAUCAGCCCGGGCCGUCAUCUUACUCUGCUCCGGUGAUUGUUCCUCCUCCGACGAAGCAAAGGUAUUGCUCUGUUUCCGGUGGCUCGGCGGUCAAGGUGUACCAACCGACUCCGAUUCACCGGUUGCCUCCCCUGCCGACCAACCACCAUCAGAAAGCGGUCGCGUUGGCGAAGGAGAGGAACGAUUUGGUCCCGUCUUCCACCAUCAUUUUCUCAAAUUCUCCUUCCAUCUCUGCCGCUGCUACCUCGUUCAUUUCUUCCCUGACGGGGGAUAUCGACAAUAUGCAGAGAUCUAUGUCGUCUUCAGGGUUUCAGUUCACCCAGCCUUCUCACGAAAGCCUCCCUUGUCUUCUUCCUCCCUCAAGAGGAAGUGCAGCUUAAUGGAUGACGUCAGAUGCGGCUUCUCCUCCGGCCGGUGCCAUUGCUCCAAGAAAAGGUUCGCCCUUUUUGCCCCAAACUCCAACAAAUCUUGAAUUAAUUUCAUGGGGUUUUCUGGGGUUUUGAACCUGAUUCCAAUUAUUAUUUCGCCAAAUCCAUGAAAUCAAGGAUGAAAAGAGUGAUGAGAGUUUCAGCAAUCAGCAUCAAUGGAAGCGGCAACGACGGCGGAGAUCAUCGAAUGGAUCUGUUGGGGGUUCCUUUUGGAGCAUUGGAGGAACUGGGUGUUCUCCAUUUGAUGAGCGUUGUGUUGAGCAGGAUCUAUUGCUUUGGUGUCAUCGAAUGGUAAAUUCCAGAGCUGAAAGCUUGAACUUUUAAUUUUGUCAUUCCAUCUUGAUUGCUCGACUUUAAAUAAUGACGUGGAAAUGAA